AGUUUUCUGCACAAGAAGAAAAAGUAGCUAAAACAACGCAUUGUGCUUCCUCUUUGCAGUUGACGUGUCGCGAGCGCAGGUGUCCGCGGUAACGCGCGUUGCACAUCUUGGCGCCCGUGAGAGCGCGCACGCCGCCGCCUCGACGCCCACACUGUCAGUUUUAAAUUGCAGCAGCGAGCUACAGAGCCUCACGACUUACAGUAACUUUCGGAAACUUCUUUUUACUCCUUUAAAUGGCUUUCUGAGCUAACUUUACUUCAGGUGUACAUUUUAAGUUUAUAUGCAGCUUGUCGGGAGAAUAGAAUCAACCCCGAACGAAACAUGCAAGCCGCUUUUGAAGACUUUCGCAGACUUAUCGAAGAUUCAGAGUACUUUGUGGCAGAGAUCUUACAAGAUGAAAACUUGAGCAAGAAAGCACACGAGACCCGUGAGAUUCUUCUGCGUAAUUUUGUAGUUGUGCGGAACAGGCACCCAAAUGAGUUUCAAGUCAAAGCAGACUCUGGCAGCCAGUACUCUGGGUCAAAACAUGAAGACAGCUCAGAUGACAAUCACAGUUUAAGUCUUGCUCCUUCACUGCCAUCUGACAAUGUUUCUGUAGCAUCUGACUAUCAAGACGAUGGCUCCCCUGAAGAUUUUGAAGAAAUUGACCUUGUGGGAGCACAGGAACUUGCAAACAUCUUAAAACAAGGAUACUUGGAGAAAAAACGAAGAGAUCAUAGCUUCUUUGGCUCUGAAUGGCAGAAAAGAUGGUGUGUGUUAAACAAUAAUAUUUUCUAUUAUUAUGGCAGUGAUAAAGAAAAACAGCAAAAAGGUGCAUUUUAUAUCAAUGGAUAUCAAGUAGAACUGGUGGGGAGCCUGCGGAAAGAUGCUAAGAAGAAUGCUUGUUUUGAGCUUAAAGCACCAGGACAGCGGACUUAUCAGUUUACUGCAAACACUGCCAAAGAGGCAAAGGAAUGGGUUGAUCAAAUAAACUUUGUUCUGAAAGACAUAAGCUCCACCCAAAUACCAUAUGAUGAUGGGGAGGAAGAUAUGGAAGAAAGCCAGAUUUCACAGGGAAAUGAAGAUCAAGAAGAAGAGACAUAUGAUGAUAUUGAUGCUGCAAUCUCCCCAAACACAGCACACAAUUCUUUCUCGUCUCAGAGUGUUGAUGGGCCAUUUGAGGAUGAAGAAGACAAUGACAUUUAUGAGGAACUUCCAGAUGAGGAAUUCCCACUAGCUACCAGUGGAGAAGGGUGUGGAAACAAAUUGCCAUCAGGAGAAAGCUCUGUGGACUAUGCAAAUUACUACCAAGGCAUGUGGGACUGCACAGGAGACCAGUCAGAUGAGUUAUCAUUCAAGAGAGGGGAUCUCAUUUAUAUUCUGAGUAAGGAGUACAAUAUUUAUGGAUGGUGGGUAGGUGAACUGAACGGCAACAUUGGCAUUGUCCCCAAAGAUUUCUUGACCACCGCAUACAUCCUUUGAGUUUGAAGAAGAAUUGGUAUGAGAAGAAGGACCAUGAAGUUGAGAAGCAGAAGAAAGGGAUGACGGCCAUUUCUGUUAUAUUCUGUGUUCUGGAUGUGUUCCCCGACUGCUACUGUAUGCUGUGAAUCUGCCUGAUCUACAGAUCUGGUCUGCCAGGAUAGAUUAAUAAACGUGACAGCUCAGGUUUGAUUCUAGCAAAUCAGCAUUUAGCCCCUUACUGAAAGUACUGAGUAAAUGUUGGAACUUUUUAAUUUUAUGAGUUAAAUUCCACUCUUUUGAAUGACGUCGUUUUCAUGUGUGUCAUAUUUAAAUAGCUCACUUCUUGUCGCUCAGUUGGGUGACUUAUCUUUCACUCCAGGUUGUUAGUGCAGGCCUGUCCGUCUUCAGAAUAUUGGCUCACAAUGGCAGGCCACUACUAUAUUUACACUUUUUCAUCGCACCCUUUAAAAUUGAGUCCCAAGUGUGUAACUUAACUAUCAAUGCUCCACCAGUCCCUGUUCACUACACCGAGAAUAAAUACAGAGUAUUAUACAUAUAUUCAGAGAAAACCAAAAUAACUAUGACGUAAAGUUCAGUUUAGGCUAACUGAUGUUCUGUUUAGGUGUGAACUGUCAUCCAGGUAUCGUCGGCUUAGCUAAUAAUAAAAAUAUGCUAACAAACCUGCAAUCCCAGUGUUUUUUAACCUCACUUCCUGUAAUCCAGUCGAGCCUGUUUGAAGAUGAAAGAUUUAAAGUUAAAACACUGUGCAGGGCAAAAUAAUGUCCCUUAAAACAUGUCUCUUACAUGGUGAGAAAUUACAAAGGAAACAGAAAAAUUGCCCGCCAUGCAGUGAUGGGCACUCCCCUGGCACAGCACUUUGUUAGGUGCUGUUAGUCCUCUUGUACUCCAUCCAUGUGCCACAUGUUGAAAAGGCUCACUGCCACAUCUUUUAUCAUCAGGCAUGCAGCAGAGAACAUUAACUGAUUGCCUUAUUAAAACAGUAAUGCUGUUAAUACCAAACACAUCACAACACGCCUGCCAUUUCUGAAUGAUUCAUUUCAUAAUGCAUUUUCAGUAUCAAAAUUUCCUUUAAGAGGAAUACUGGACGACUUUAAUCAACAAUGCAAAAUAUAUUUUUUAUAUACGUGUGUGUGUGUAUGUAUGUAUAUAUAUAUAUAUAUAUAUAUUAUAUAUAUCUCCACAAAGCUGGCAUCAAAGCUAUUGCAUAACAUAAAAUGAACACAAAAUGCGACUCCUCUUUCCAUUAUCCAUGCUCAGGCGCCCUCUGCAGGACAGACCUGGAACACUUCAAUUCCUUUAAAUGCAAACUAUUUCAAGUAAAAAAAAAAAAAAAAAAAGGGAGUACAGUGAACAAAAAAUGUAGUCUUGGAGUCAAAAAUUAAGGCAAAGGCAAAGACAGGCCAUUCGGCCCUAAACACUCCACUCCACUAAUAAGCAGCCCCCAGCUGCCUGUAUUGCUUGACUUUAUAACUUAAUGAAGAGAAGCCAACAUCGUUAGAGCAACAUGCCUCAAAGCUACAGGCUCUGCUAUGGAUGAUGUGGUCAAUCUACCUGAGAAACUCCCAAGGAACAACUCGAUACACACAUAACUUUACCUUGGAGUUGCAGGUGUGUUUGGCAUCUCCCUAAUAUCACACUUUUCACAAUACCACAUCUAUACCUAAAUACACACACACACAUCUCUCACUUGCUCAUGUGUAGUAAUGGUGUCCCAGGCAGGAUGGCUAGCAUUUCCUUUCCCAGACGAGACUAUAAAAUGGAUGGACAGGCAGAGAGAGAGCCUUCCAGGGCUGUGUGUUUCCCUGAUGUAGUAGGUCAGCACAUUCCCAUGCCAGUGCACCCAUACACUUACCCACAGGGCAUACUGGGAACUGUAGUUGCUGGGUCCCAUGGAGCCCCCGGGGCAUGUGGCAGGGAAUGGCUCUCCCAACUUUGGGGGGCCUCUGCCUGAUGCAGAAGUGCUUUCCUCAUGUGUUGCUGUGGCAGCAGAAGUACUCCAGUGUAAAAUGGGCCACCUUAUUUCACGUGAGGAGUCAGGAGAAGCUGGCACGAAAAUGAAAGGUACAAACUUCAAACAACAGGUUAUUUGAGCCCAAAACUGGCGUUUGUGUUGUUGUGCUCAGUGUUUGGGGUCCCAAGACACCUCCUCGUGGCCACAAUAUUUAUCACUAUUUCUUUAUCUUUAUAUCCUGUACACACACACGCAUUCAUAUUUUGGAGUCACACAAAUGUUCAUAUUUUUGAUGGAAAUGUAUUUAAUUUUUCAAUAAUAAUAACAACCCAUUUUAUUUAUAUAGUACCUUUCCCUAAUCAGGGACGUUAUUAGAUAUUACUAAUGGUUCUCCUGGAAAUGACUGAUUUUUAAGUUUAUAUUCUUGUGUGUUUCAGCAGCCAUUCCCUUCAGUGUCCUAAUGGUCAGCUCUUUUAGUUAAUCAUGGAUUAGUUCAUUUAAGUGCUAAUUGGUUAUUAGAGAAACCUUUGAGAUUACAUGAGCAGAGAUCAAACUGGUUAUACUGCCAAGUAAUUCGUGGGUUGCAAGGUCCUGGCAUCCCUAAAGUUCAAGUCUGGCUUCACAAAAUGCCAAAUCAAAACAGCUUUCCCAAGAAACACACAAGUCUAUCAUUGUUUUGUGAAAUGAAGGUUAUUCCAUUGGCCAGAUUGCAGUCGAAACUGAAGAUUUCACACAAUGGUGUCUAUGAGCAUGAGAAAAUGGAUCUGAUGAGGGAAACAAAAGGUGGGCCCAGAUGGACCCCUACAUAGGAUCAGGACAUGAGAGAUCAGAGCAUGAAGUCCAAGAAACAAAUAGCUUACAGGUCCUCAGUUGGCUUUGCCCUUAAAUAAACACCAAAACCUGGCAUCAUCUGCACUAAAGACAGGGUUAAAAUGGGCAAAGUACACAGGCACUGAACGCCAUUAGAUUUCCAGGUGAUUCCACCCCAUUUAACGUUUCCUUUUUAUGUGCCGGUUUCAGAUGUGGCUUUUUCUCAGAGUUGUCUUUUCACUGCUGCAGAGGACGCUGAUUAUUUGGCACAACUUGCAACAACACAAAUAAAUUGCAUUACAGCACACUUGAGUAAAUGUCAAAAGACAUCAACAACUCUACACUUUCAAAUCAGGAAGCUUAAACAGACCACCUGCUUUCCCUCCCAUUAAGCCCAACGGUUUAACAGACGGCCACUGGGGGGCAGACGUGCUCUUUCGAGACUCUCAGUCUGGCUGACAAAGGCCAAAACUCUCCUGCUGUAUAAAGCCGAGCAGCCUUUGCCGUCUAAAGGACUGAAUGAGGGAGAGGACCAUACAAACUUCAUAAAGUUUACAAAUCAGUUUUAAAUCCAUACAAGCCUCCCGAAUUUCUAAUCAUCUAGGAGCAGUCGUCAUUCUGUGCACGACAGGAAAUGUAAAAGAAGCAUAUGCCGUCGCCUCUCUUGUUUCAAUUACCUGUAAAUGGUGUCUUUUGUCACCACAUUCCCUGCGACUGACUGGUUCCCCACCAAAGGCCAUUUUCCCCACAUUGCCUGGCUUUCCUUCGCCUCCAACAGAUGAAAAACUAAAAACGGCUGAAAGUUAACAGCAUUCAGUUCUUUUCACGGCCAGAAGUCUCCACAUAAAAGAAAGAGCCGACUCUUAGGAAAUGUGGAAAACAAUGAAGAUCAUUUUAGCGAAGUACAGUAACUGUAAUUCAGCAUAACAUUAAAAAUGAACUCACCCAGUGGUGAUAAACUUGAAAUAUGAACCAAAAAAAAAAAA